AUGCCUCCUGCAAACCAAUUCGAAGAUUCAGAUGAAAAUUGGUCUACUUCAUCCGUAGAAGAACGAUUAGAACUUUCUCAGAAAAAACAAACAAAAAAGAGAGGAAAAAUUUCUAUUAUAGCCUGUGACAAGUGUAGGAGCAUGAAAAAGAAAUGCACAGGCGGUGAUUUCGUGAGUAAAGAACCUUGCUCAUAUUGCGCAAGACAUGGUGAAGAAUGUAAAUAUUCAAAUGCAAGAAGGCGACGAACUGCAAACGUUCAAGAUUUUCAACAAUUUAUUGAUAGAUUGGUGUUUAUUGAGGGUCAAUUAAAAAAAUUAAUAAGCGAGCUUAGAGAAUUUUUUGAAUCAACGAAAAAUAAAGAAGAACCUGAGUUUUUUGGUGAUGAUUUAGAGUUCGAAAUUAUGGAUUUAUGUAACAAAUCUUCUUAUGCUUCUAACGAUCAAGAAAUUUUAGAAGAUCCUUCAAAUUCUUCGACUUUACCUUUUAACUGUGAAAAUUAUGAACCAGAAAAAUCUGACGAAGAGAGGCAAACUAAUGAACUAAACAACUUUAGACCUAAACGUAAGAAUUCUGAAACAAAAAAAAGAAAUCUCAAAAAGCCUAAAACCAAACAAAAUACUUCACCAACUAAUCAACAUAAAAACGUAAGAGGAACCUUUUCGACAUUAUAUUUGGUACCAAGAGGCCGUCAUGUUACUCAUUUAUUUUCCAAGGACGAAGGCAUAAUUGAAAACACACAAUUUCAACCACCAUCUCCUUCUAUAAACUACUCAGAUCAAAAUCAAAUGACAACUGAUAAUGAUAAUUUUUGUUUUAGUAAUCUAAAUUUGCAAGCUGUACCUCAAAUAUCACAUUUCUCGCAAGAACAUUUUAUGUGUAACAACAUUGAUAAUUUCUUUCUAAAUGCCCCAACGGAAGUACUGCAUGUUCGCGUAACGUAA